AUGAAGGGAGGAAAAACAGGAACACCUCAAAGUGGCAGUGAUGUUAAGAAUCCUCCCAAGAAGAGAGGGCAUCCAAAAAGCGUGCGCUCCAGCAAUAAUAUGUCGAAUGCUGAUAGCUCUGUGACUCCAACCAGACUGAAGGGAAAAAGUGCUGAGAAGGAUACUCAAGAAACACUUAAGACUGGCAUUAACUCUAAGAAGGAAGGUGCAAGGCCCUCUAGAUCUACUGGAAAGGCUAAGGAUGCUGUUGUGAAGGCAAGCAGCAAGGAUGAGGCUGAUAGCACAGACAACUCAAAGGAUGAUGCUGGCAGUGAAGACAAGAAUUCAAAAGAUGAAGUGAAAUCCAGUGAAGCUGUUGAUGAAUCCAAGACCAAUGGACUUUCAACCAAAAGGAAGCCAGAGGAGAAUGAAGGUGAGUCAUCGUUGGAGGAGAAGGGGUCUGCUAAAACCACUAGCAGAAAGAAGCGCAGAAGAAAGAGCCGCAAUUAA